AUGCAACGACGUAGGGCCCAUCCCCUCCGCGUCUUCCUCCUCACACAUGCUCUUCUAGGGUUGAUCAGCUGGCUGACGCAAACGACGGCGUACCGUCUGUCUGCCGGCCCUGCCACAGCUCUUUCUCUUGCUGCGUGGUGUGGGCCUCACGGCGACACGGCUCAAAAUUCCUUUGGUCGUGCUCAUGGCGUCGGAUGUCAGCUUGGUGUUCGAGUCGGCCACUUAACUGACUACUGGCAGCAUGGAUCCCUAACCGCGUUGGAGCUGGGGUCAAGGCGUCACCUCCAGGUGAUACGGAGGAAGAAGAAGUAUCGGACAGCGGGAACCUCAACGGUCCGGAGACAUUUUGGCAUCAAAGGCAGGGGUGGGGGUAAGCUGCGGCUCGGCAAGAACACAGGCGUACCGCUCAAGGCCAUGGAGCGCCCGGCUCGCAGGUGUAUGCUACUUGGAAAAAUGGACAAUACAAAGGCGCAAAACCGAAGUCAUUCGAGAAUUGCAACGCACAGAGUGCAGCGACUGAAUUUGCACUGGAAGAGAUUGUGGUGGCCCGAAGCCGGAUACUACGUUAGACUCAGGCUCUCCGUGAAGGGGAUUCGGACUAUAAAGAAGUACGGUCUCCAACGAGCAGCCGACAAAUUUGGUCUAAAUUUGAAGAAAAAGAAGUACUACGCAGGUUACAGUCACAGGUACGUCCAGUAUUUGCAGAAGCAGCCGCGCGGUACCAACGCAUACGAAUGCGGUUGA